AUGAACUGGGCUGCCUUCGGAGGGCCUGAGUUCUUCAUCCCAGGAGGCAUGCAGAUGGAGGCGAGCUGCCCACUGGGCAGAAAUUUCACAGAAUGGUACCAUUACUAUGGGAUAGCAGUAAAGGAAAGCUCCCAGUAUUACGAUGUGAUGUAUUCAAAGAAAGGAGCUGCCUGGGUGAGCGAGACGGGCAAGAGAGAAGUGACCAAACAGACAGUGGCGUAUUCUCCCCGGUCUAAGCUUGGGACAUUGCUGCCAGACUUUCCAAAUGUCAAAGACCUAAAUCUGCCUGCCAGUCUUCCUGAGGAAAAGGUAUCUACCUUUAUUAUGAUGUACAGAACGCACUGUCAGAGAAUACUGGACACUGUCAUAAGAGCCAACUUUGAUGAGGUUCAAAGUUUCCUUCUGCACUUUUGGCAAGGAAUGCCACCCCACAUGCUGCCCGUGCUCGGUUCCUCCACAGUGGUGAACAUUGUGGGCGUGUGUGACUCCAUCCUCUACAAGGCCAUCUCUGGGGUGCUGAUGCCCACCGUGCUGCAGGCAUUGCCCGACAGCUUAACUCAGGUGAUCCGAAAGUUUGCCAAGCAGCUGGACGAGUGGCUGAAAGUGGCUCUCCAUGACCUCCCGGAAAACCUGAGAAACAUCAAAUUUGAAUUAUCAAGAAGGUUUUCCCAAAUUCUGAGAAGGCAAACAUCGCUGAAUCAUCUUUGCCAGGCAUCUCGAACAGUGAUCCACAGUGCAGACAUCACGUUCCAGAUGCUGGAAGACUGGAGGAAUGUGGACCUGAACAGCAUCACCAAACAAACUCUCUACACCAUGGAGGACUCCCGGGAUGAGCACCGCAGACUCAUCAUCCAGUUGUACCAGGAGUUUGACCACCUGCUGGAGGAGCAAUCGCCUAUCGAGUCUUACAUAGAAUGGCUGGAUACCAUGGUAGACCGAUGCGUUGUGAAGGUGGCUGCCAAGAAACAAGGGUCCCUGAAGAAAGUAGCGCAACAGUUCCUGUUGAUGUGGUCUUGCUUUGGUACAAGGGUGAUCCGGGACAUGACCUUGCACAGUGCUCCCAGCUUCGGGUCUUUCCACCUAAUUCACUUGAUGUUUGAUGACUACGUGCUCUAUUUACUAGAGUCGCUGCAUUGUCAGGAGCGGGCCAACGAGCUCAUGCGGGCCAUGAAGGGAGAAGGAAGCAGUACUGCGGAAGUCCAGGAAGAGAUUAUCUUGACGGAGGCUGCCCCACCCACCCCUUCAUCAGUACCAUCAUUUUCUCCAGCAAAAUCUGCCACAUCUGUGGAGGUGCCACCUCCAUCCUCCCCUGCCAGCAACCCAUCCCCCGAGUACACUGGACUUAGCACAACAGGAGCAAUGCAGUCAUAUACGUGGUCGCUAACAUACACAGUGACGACAGCUGCUGGGUCCCCAGCUGAGAACUCCCAACAACUUCCCUGUAUGAGGAGCACGCAUAUGCCUUCUUCUUCUGUCACACACAGGAUACCAGUCUACUCCCACAGAGAGGAGCAUGGGUACACGGGAAGCUAUAACUAUGGGAGCUAUGGCAACCAGCAUCCUCACCCAAUGCAGAGCCAGUAUCCAGCCCUGCCUCAUGACACGGCCAUCUCUGGGCCACUCCACUAUUCCCCUUACCACAGGAGCUCUGCACAGUACCCUUUUAAUAGCCCCACUUCCAGGAUGGAACCUUGUUUGAUGAGCAGUACUCCCAGGCUGCAUCCUACCCCAGUCACUCCUCGCUGGCCAGAGGUGCCAACAGCCAACGCAUGCUAUACAAGCCCAUCUGUGCACUCCACGAGGUAUGGAAACUCUAGUGACAUGUACACACCCCUGACCACGCGCAGGAAUUCUGAGUAUGAGCACAUGCAACACUUUCCUGGCUUUGCUUACAUCAACGGAGAGGCCUCCACUGGAUGGGCUAAAUGACUGCUUUCAUAGGAAUCCAUAUUUAAUAUUAAUAAUUAAUAAUAAUAAUAAACCCAAUACCCACCCUCCAGAAGACUUUAUCUCUAUACAUGAUAACUCGCGGGCUGUUCCUAAGCAUCCAUUUUCCUAAUGAACAAGAGGAUGUUCAAUAUGGGAUGAAUAGACUGUAGUUCAGAAACAGGACUUACUAAAAGUCACUGGGAUUGGGUUCCGGUAGCCAAGCCAGACUUGACUGUUUCUAUAGAGCACUACUGUGGGCAGGCCAAUCUGUGCCUUUCCCCUCUGUUCCAUGAUCUUGCAUGGCAACCACUCCAUGUAGGGUACUUAUUUUCUUGUUGACAAAGCUCUUUAGUCUUGAAGGAUGGAUACUGGAGCCAGAAUCUGGUUUGUGUUCUUGGAUGGGCACAUAAUUUACCAAGAGCAUUUGCCUUGCCAUGUCUGUCAUCUCACUAUACAGUUACCAGCCCUCAGACAUGUUAUCCACCUCCCUACUUCCUGGUGGUGUCAUCCCUACUUCCUGGAGUCCUAGGGCUAAAUGGAAGUUCCUGAAAAUGCUAAGCCACCUGUCCCACUCACACCUGCCAUAGUACCUGCAUUGUCUUGGAAUGUAAGCACUGUUUUGAGGGACUGAAGAGGUCUGUUGUAUAUUGCCUUUAGUUGAUUGAUGUCUGUAGGGACCAGUUCUUCUAUGUACAAGGAUUUGUCCUAAGUUUGCACAAUGGCUAGCAUCAGCAAAAGGCAGGAGGGGUUUUUCUUAAGUUCUGUGUGAAAUGGCACUAAGUAGCGUUCUCUGCCCUGUUGCUCUGUGAAGCUGGAUGGAUCAAAUUUUCACUUAGCAAGCACCAAGUGUGAAAAAAAAAAACUGUCCUGGUUCCUUCAUAAGACUAGAAUACUUUCCGACACUUUGCUAGAAAAAAUUCAAAGCUGUGCCUUUGAGUCUAUACUAUACUGUGUAUGUGUGGAAAUAAAAAUGUAUUGUACUUUGGGAAAUUUUUUUCAUAGGUAUUUUUUUUGUCAGAUUUGUAGCUAUUUGUGAGGUUUGUUAGAGAUUAACAUAGGUUUUCUUUCUGUAUUAUAAGAUGCACCAAGCAAUUAUGGUGGACCUAUUACCCUAUGGGUAAGAAAUAAAUGGAAAUAUGACAUCGGAUGUUUUAGCAAAUGUUCUGUAAAUAAAAUGUUUGAUCACACCACCCAGUGUGAUAAUCAUGUCUACAGCUAAAAUGGAAAUAGUUUUAUCUGUACAGUUGUGCAAGAUAUGAAUGAUUUCACUAUCUGUACAGUUGUGCAAGAUAUGAAUGGUUUCACACUCAAAUAAAAAGUAUUGAAAUGACA